ACAUAGCUGAAGCGUCGGUGCAGGCGUUCACCGGCUUACUUGGCGAGCAACUUCGUGUUUACUUCGACCUCCACCCAUUCGAGCCCACAGAGGGGAAUGCUCGCUGUGCUUCACCCAGCACAAGUUGAAGUCAUCGCAGAAGGACAAGGUUCGGCAGUUCAUGUCCUUCACACAGGCCGGGGAGAGGACAGCCGUGUACUGCCUGACGCAGAAUGACUGGAAACUAGAGGUGGCCACAGACAACUACUUCCAGAAUCCAGACCUCUAUUACAAAGAAUCCAUGAAAACCACCGUGGACCGCAAGAAGCUGGAGCAGCUCUACAACAGAUACAAAGACCCCCAGGAUGAGAACAAGAUAGGUAUUGAUGGGAUCCAGCAGUUCUGUGAUGACCUGAUACUGGACCCAGCUAGCAUGAGCAUACUCGUGGUGGCAUGGAAGUUCAGAGCGGCCACGCAGUGCGAGUUCAGCAGGAAAGAGUUCCUGGAUGGCAUGGCUGAGCUGGGUUGUGACAGUCCUGAAAAACUCAAGGCGAUACUUCCCAGACUAGAGCAGGACCUAAAAGACACAGGGAAGUUCAAAGACUUCUACCAGUUUACCUUUAAUUUUGCCAAGAACCCCGGCCAGAAAGGUUUAGACCUCGAGAUGGCUGUGGCUUACUGGAAUCUAGUUCUCACAGAUCGCUUCAAGUUUUUGGAUCUCUGGAACCGCUUCCUUCUGGAGCAUCACAAGCGCUCCAUUCCCAAGGACACGUGGAAUCUCCUCCUGGACUUUGGCAACAUGAUCGCAGACGACAUGUCAAACUAUGAUGAGGAAGGGGCAUGGCCUGUCCUCAUAGAUGACUUUGUGGAGUUUGCUCGGCCGAUUGUGACGAGUAAGCGCCACAUGACAUAGUGUUCGCCCCGGGCGUCAUGUAGCGAACAGAGUUUGUGUUCCUCCCAAUUUUCUUCUUUUUUUGAAUGAGGAUUUUUAUACAAAUGAGCCAAAAAGAGAGUACUUCUCAAUCAGCCUGUCUGCAGCUUGUCAUUAGGAUUGAUCUUUUAACUGCAUAAGAUGCCUUGACCUGGUAUUGACCUGAGACACCAGUUCAGAGGGGAAAGCAGGAGGGGAAUCAACAGGAGGGAGAAUUUUUUUUUUCUUUUGUUUUUUUUUGGGAAAGGACAGACUUAUGAAAUUGCAAUAUGGAAAUGAUAGGUCGCUCAUGGGCAAAUCAUCCAUGGGUGCGGCUUCAAAACUGCUGCUGCGGACUUGGCUCGCUAACCUGCACCCUCGGCACAGUGAGGAGGGACAGUGACGGUGAACUUUCAGCACACGCAGAGGAUUAAGUUAUAGAUGCAGUAGGAUGUGGCCUCUUAAUUCGAAAUUAUGAAUGGAACAGUGUGUUUUAAAAUCUGCAUGUUUCUGUCAGCUAGCGUGAAGCAGUGCCACAGACGUCGAGGGGAGGAGUACUCUACGUUACUUUCACUGAGAUUGUGAAUGUGUAGCUCUCUGACAAUCACACUGAGAGCAGAGAAGAAGUGUGGUGUGUGUGUGUGUGUGUGUGUGUGU